GUUCAAGAGCAGGCACACGUCUCGCGGCCGAGCAGAAACGCCGCAGCUUUCGUACUGAGUGCACGCGAACGCCGCUCGCGGUUUCCGAACGUCGCGAAACACGAGUGUUCCAAAUUUAAUUUUUUAAAAGAAAGUGUUUAUUUUUUUCUGCAAGCAACCAGCGACAACAUGCGGAAUUUAGUGAGGAUAGCAGCCCUAGUGCUCGCUGUGACAGCCGCGAUCGGCGCACCGGCGUCCUCAGCCAGCCACAACGACAACCUGACCAUAGACAAAAAAGAACCGACCACACACGAACUGCUCAGCGCGCUCGGACUGAAAAAACUCAGGGUCCCCGCCGCGCAUCAUAGGAAGCGAUUAGCCGAACAAGGCCGACGGCACGCGACGGGCGAUUCAAGAAUGUACGUGAUCAAAUUACCACCCAAUACGAGCUAUUACUCGCACGCGGAGCCUGCGCCCGCCGCCGCCAGGACCCUGCCUUUACAAAUGACCAGCAACGGGAAGCCUGCCAGAGUUUACCACUGGAACAUUCCAGUGCUGCAAAAACUCGCCAAGAACAGACCUCAGGCGCGAUUCGACGAUGAUCUUUUAGAUGUGGAGAGUACUCCAACGUGGCCUAAGGGAGCCAAUGACCAUCCCAAUUCUUUGGAUUCGUUGGCGUAUUACGUUCCAGCGAAGAAGACAUCGUUUAGGAAAUAUUUCUCAGGCAAUGGAAAGCCCAAGUCUUUCUACGUCAUCGAGAAGGAUAAGAAAUCCGCGCAAUACCACAGGUUAUUGCCGUAAUUACUCAAUGUAAUGUUGGCAACUGCGAUUUGUAUUCAAGUUCGCGCCGAUUUGUAAAAUUAUGUUUAAUAAGCCAUGAUUACGAAUUAAUUAUCAAUUUGAUUCCAUAAGUUCAUAUUUCGAAAUCACUUUAUGAGGCGUAAAAGAAAAUCAUGUGAAUAACAAUUGAUGAAAUUUUCACCUAAGAAUGGAUUAAAAUAAAUGAUAAUUACACAAAACUCCGCGAAACCGGAUUGCUGCACAUUAAAGUAUUGAAAAACGGACUGAAAUUAUAUAGCAAAUAUACAUUUUAAUUACAGUAUAAAAUAAUUAAAAUAUAUAGUAUGCCACAUACUUAAUCCAUGUUCGAUCUUCAAUAUUUUAUUUUGCGGCAAUGCGCUUGUGGUUCCGGAGUAAUUUAAAUCUGCGAUAACAAAGCGCCACUGCUUUCUUACUUUUAAAAUCAUAAGAUAACAUAUUGGACGCAGUCACUUGUCAUUAUUGAUUGACGGAUCAGGCAAUCAUCCAAUGUGAAUUAGAGACAGCCCUUCGCCUCCAACGUGGUGUGGCUGACACUGCAUCUAUUAAAUCAUACAAAUAAUAAACCAGUGUCCCGUGAAAUAUGUCAAACAUAGAAAAAUAGACUGCUGAUAAAUAUGGGUAGUUAGCCCUAAAGCAUGGGCUAUGGUCUCAUACUUUCAUUAAACAUAAAUAUCACACUUAUUAAUCACCUAGUAUUUUAUGCUACUUGUAAAAUAUAACAAUCGGUAGAGUAAGAUAUAGAUUUAAAAAUGGCGGUAAUUUAAACAUUUAUUAAGCGCUUCAUGCGAAUGUAAUUAUGAACGAAAUUAAUACUUCAUUAUAUCAAAUUACUGCCUAACUAGCCCAGUUCUCAUGUUUUGCGUCAAUUUGAGGCUAAUAAGGUACUUAAACCUAUCUAAUAUAUAUUAAAAGAGGGACAUCUCAAUUUCCAGCAAACACCUAUCAGAUGCGACAGUCAAAAAAUAAUGUAAAUUGAUUAAUUGAAGAUGUCUCUUCGCUGUAUCGCAAAUAUGAUUUAAGACAUUACACAUAUCCACUUUGUAUUUAAACUUUACUUGUAUAUAAAAUCCAGUAUACACCACGUAGUUGUAAGUAAUCUAUAGGUGCUUAGGUAUAUUAGUAAGACUGUAUAACGAAUUUAAAUUAUUACUUAGAAUUCUUACAACUAUACUAUGUAACUAUGAAUAAGACUUAUACGAGAUAUUUCUGAAUUUAACUGAAAGUGGCUCAUAUUGCUAAAACUUAAGUUAUUUAGAAAUAGUUCGUAAAUAUUUUAUACGAAAAUGUUCCAUUGUAUGCAUUUAUUAUUGUACUGCUAUAAUUGAAAUAACGCAUAAUUAUAUGUAAGAUUAUUGAGGAAGUACUUUAUGGAGAUAAGUAUAUGUAUAGUAUGGAAAUCUUCUACUGAAAUAAUGAAAUCAAGUCAGUGGGCUUUCGUCCCAGAUAGUUACAAAAACAUGAAUUAGUGGAGAGGUGGCGAAUUUCGGAGUCUGAAUAGUAUCAACCCUCUCCUGGACACAGAUUGGCCUUACAAAUAAGAGAAUUCGCGUAUGACAUCUUCUAUGCUAGCCCAGGGACGUAACAUGGGUUCCUGCCCGGCAGGGCGGACCAUAAAUUUGUCGCCCAAAGUUGACGAGAGCAAAAAAGAAGUCAUUUCAACGAACAAGAGUCAUGCGCGCUCUAGUAAUGAGACCUAAUAUAAAAUAUUUCAAAGGUUUUAUUUAUUUUAUUCGUGGGUCGCCCGUUUGGUACCGAAUGCUGAUUAUUCCAUAUGCUAUACUAUCUUUUUUUAAAUAAUCAAAUCGUUUUUAUUUCUUCCCAAAUAUUAUUAUUUUUAUCCAACAAUUAAAUGCUGUCAUUAAUUAAAAUACAAAAUGUAUUAAAGAUGGAUAAGACUGAAUGUAUGUAAUGAAUAUCUGAUUGUUUCAGACAUGUAAACACGGGGAAGUAUGAGAUAUUAUACCUAUGUAUAACAAUGCUUAGAAGCAAGAUUAACAGAAUGAAAUGUAUUUAAAACUUACAUUUUUCAAACUUGUUCAAAACGGCCAUUACCAAACAUCGAAGUAAACGGAAAUGACUGCGUUAUAGUCUUUUGUCUUACUAUUUUAAACUUUAUUAAAGGAUAAAAGAGCUCUCUUAUAAAUAACUCUUAUUUGCCGUGUAUAAUUUUUCAUUAUAUAUAUAUAAAUUUAACACGUCAAUAUUUCAUAUUAACAAAACUGGUACAACAUGAUGAUUGUACGGAGUGACUCUACAUAAAUCGAUAAACACUCGAAUAUAUGUAAAGAAAAUGAAAUCUACGUUUGUGAUGGAUGGAUAGAUGGAUUGAUAGAUCCACCAAUUCCAAAUUUUGUACUUUUACUGUAACUUCUAUGAAAGAAAACUAACUUUUGUUAUGAUUACACAUAUUUGUACUGUACUUUUAAGACAUGCUGUAAUUAGUUUUGCCUAAAAUGUAGGUUUCCUAAUGCAGACAAUCCUUUUUACCUUUGUGUCUACAUAUUGAUAUAUAUACUUACUAUAAUCAGAUAGAUAUUGUAUUGUAUACAUACAUACCUACUGCUUUGCGACCUAAUCGCUUUACAUAUUUUAGGACAAGACAUACUUUGUCAUAUACGAUACAUAGGUAUUAUGACCAUCAUUGUAGAGCAAAGAAAGUGUUUAGAAAAACCUUAUACUUGUAUCUCGACUGCCUCGGUGGCGUAGUUGUAUUGCAUGUCCGGUACAAUAGCGCUCUGAGGUCCUGGGUUCGAAUCCCGGGUCGGGCAAAGUGAUAUUUGGGUUUUUCUGCUCAGUAUCAGCCCGGAGUCUGGAAUUUGUGCCCGAUAUGGCGAUAGGCUCGCCCCCUAUCACAUCAUGGGACGGAACAUACUUGGCGAAAAGUGGGUGCCCUAGUUGCGCCUCUGCAUACCCCUUCGGGGAUAAAUGCGUGACGUUAUGUAUACUUGUAUCUCAAAGUAUUAUAUGAAGACAAUAUAGUACACCUACUGUAUAAUGUAACAUAUUACUAUACUCUUUGUAAUGCAUUUUUGUAGUAGUCUCGGCUCUCGAACUAAACUGAUAAUUACUUUUAAGGCGAAGCCUAUGCUUUAACUAUGAUAUGUUGUUAAUCUAGCAUUAAGUUUAUUUUGUACAACAUACUUAAAACUUGAACAAUAAAUAUUUUAUUAAAUUA